AGGAGAUGACCUGGAGGCCUGUGUUUUAAGAUUUUCUGACCUGGAUUUGAAAGACUCAAGUCUUAUCAAUCCCAGUAGCAGUCUCAAAGCAGAAUUAGAUGUCAGUACAAAGAAGAAAUACUCAUUUGCAAAGAAAAAGAGAUCAUUGACUAGACCCUCCUCCUGCUGAAGCUCAGAGGGAGGAAAAUGACUGAGGGAAUGCAAUUGAGACUUAGUUUUCUUACCUCCAGCCUGUUGUCCCUCUUUUGCAAAGACAUCUAAUGCUGGCUCCAUGUCAAUGAAGAAUAGAUGUCUCUGCUUAUGACUUCCUCUCAACUACCCUUCUGCCUUCAUCUCAUGCAGAUUUCCUUGAAAAUGAAACCCAAAGGGCAUUUGCCCUUUUUGUCAAAACUAAAGAAGUUCCAGCACCUCCUUUUGAAUGUGAAGAGAAAUGGUGGAAAUGCUGUCAGCAGCUGUUCAUGAGCCAGACCAGCAUCCAUAGACAUGUGGCAACACAGCAUGCUGAUGAGAUUUGCCAUGAGACUGCUUCUGUUUUGAAGCAGCUGGCUGUAACAUUGAGCACCUCAAAGAGUCUUAAGUCUGCAGACAAAAGGAACUCUCUAAAAGAGGACCUUACUCACAACCGUGAAGUGUCUGCUUGGCUUCCUGAUACAAGCUGCUUUCGCCCUGAUGAGCUGAUAAGUGGCCAGGGCAGCGAUGAAGGGGAGGUGCUGCUUUAUUACUGCUACUGUGACCUGGAGGAUCCUGACUGGGUCUGUGCCUGGCAGACAGCUCUGUGUCAGCUCCUGCACCUCACAGGCAAGGUUCGGAUUGCUACAGAAGGAAUCAAUGGGACUGUGGGUGGAAGCAAAUUGGCCACCAGGCUGUAUGUGGAAGUCAUGCUUUCUUGCCCGUUGUUUAAGAAUUACCUGUGUAAGGACGAUUUUAAGACCAGCAGAGGAGGAGCUUGCUGUUUUCCAGAAUUACGUGUUGGUGUAUUUGAAGAAAUUGUACCCAUGGGGAUCAGUCCUAAUAAGCUCUCCUAUAAGAAGCCUGGAAUUCAUUUAUCCCCAGGUGAAUUUCAUAAAGAAGUAGAAGAGUUUUUGUCUCGGGGAAAUCAAGAACAAAGUGAUACUGUCCUACUGGACUGUAGAAACUUCUAUGAAAGCAAAAUAGGACGAUUCCAGGGCUGCUUAGCCCCGGACAUCAGGAAAUUCAGUUAUUUCCCUAGCUACGUUGACAAAAAUCUAGAACUUUUCAAAGAGAAGAGGGUGCUGAUGUACUGCACUGGGGGUAUCCGUUGUGAGCGGGGUUCAGCCUACCUCAAAGCCAAGGGAGUGUGCAAAGAAGUGUUCCAGCUCAAGGGUGGCAUCCACAAGUACCUGGAAGAGUUUCCUGAUGGUUUUUACAGAGGGAAGUUGUUUGUUUUUGAUGAGCGUUAUGCCUUAUCCUACAACAGUGACGUAGUGUCAGAGUGUUCGUACUGUGGGGCUCCCUGGGACCAGUAUAAACUCUGCUCAACCCCCCAGUGCCGCCAGCUUGUCUUGACCUGCCCCGCCUGCCGAGGACAAGGAUUCACAGCUUGUUGUGUCACAUGUCAAGACAAAGGGAGCAGACAGGCUGCAAGCCCAGCCCAGAGCAGCUUUAAAGAGGAAUGCGAGUGUACGGCCCGCCGGCCGCGCGUGCCCAGGGAGCUCUCGCAGCCGGAGCGGCUCCCCGGGGGCCCGGGCCGGGUGUUGGUGGGAAGGGGCCACUCUUAGGUGAGUGUCCCCAUCAGCGUUUCCCCAGGCCUUCUCAGAGCUAGGUUUGGGAUAGCCACCUACUGGAGAAUAGCAGGGCUGCAGGAGCAGAGAAACAGAACUUUAGUGCUGCCAGUGCCACCAUGGCCAGCUGGUCUCCAUGCUGGCCACCUGUCCUUCAGAGGAGGAGGGAAAGGGGAGUUGGGUGCUGACCUCUUACCUGAGACUCAGAAGAUGCUCGAGCACAGAAAAGGGAGCUGUGUGGGAUCCCAGAGCUGCUGAGGGAGAGCGCCUUGAGCGUGGUAACCAGGUCGUGCCUUCUCCGUGCCAAGCAGCAGGGCUGGUGGGAGUCUUUUUUCUUUUUUCUAAUUAGCAAACCUGUCGGUUCUGAUGGCAAAAAUGUGAAAGCUGUGACCCUGGAAGUGGACUAACUCCUCAGAACCAGGUGACUUAGGUCAGUCCGUCACCCACCCGUACCCUCCUCUCUUCUCUGCCUGUCUCAGAGCACUAGGCCAGGACCUGCAGACUAUGGCAUUUGGCACAGCUCCUUUUGUAAAUAAAAGUUUUAUUGGAAGAGCCACACCCACUCAUUUACACAAGACCUAUGGCAGGAUUAAGUAUUCACACAAGAGGCGUUAAUGGCCUGCAAGGCCUGCAGUAUUACAGGUAUACCUCAGAGAGGAUGUGGGUCCAAUGCCAGACCACAGUGGUGAAGGGGAGUCACAGGAAUUUUUCGGUUUCCUAGUGCAUACAGAAGUUAUGCUUACAUUUUACUGUAGCCUAUUAAGUGUGCAGUAGCAUUACAUCUAAAAAAAUGUACAUAAUCUAAUUAAAAUUUUUUAUUGCUAAAAAAUGCUACCAUCUGACAAAGAAGGGUUGCAACAAACCUUCAAUUUGUAAAAACUGCAGUAUCUUCAAAGUGCAAUAAAACAAGGUAUGUCUGUAUUCUCUGGCCCUUUACAGAAAAAACUUACUACCUCUGGUCUAGAUCAACAGCUCAUCUGAUGGAGGAGAUAGUCUUAAAGAUGUGGCCCCGCCUUCAUUUUUGUUGAUUUGGUUUCUGUGAGCAAUUUCCCCAUAGUAGCUUCUGCUUCAGCACCCACACUCAGGCUCUUAAGUGUUCUCUUUGAGAGAGUCACAUUAGCUUGGUGACACUGACAUUUGGAUAGUAGCUUUUAGAUGAACACCUCAGGAUACCAGACAUUCUGUGGGAGGUUAUUCAGCACUGUCGUGGUCGUUCCCCAGCCUUCUGGCCAAAAUGUCAGGCCCAGGUCCCUGUCUCACAAGUCCCAAGAAACACGUGCACAGCCGUUCAUAGACCAACAGAUUUAAUAUUAUACUGCAGUUUCCAGUGAUGCAGAAUACAGCUGCAAUUGUGUUUCAAGGAGAAGCCGAGUGGGGCUGGCCAUCCCUGCAGCACGGAGCCACUCCCGGGCCCGUCUGCAGCCUCAGUAGACACUCCUUCGUGGUGGUGAGGCCCUGGCUCCACCUCUGGUUACCCUGUACUGUCCACAUCAUUACAGUUCAGUGUACAAGACUUUUCCUUUUUCUUUAAAAGCCUCUCUCUCUGCUCAGUGCUCUGCAGCUUAGUCUGUGAUCAUCAGCUCUUUGGCCUGUCCUUUAUCAUAAGAUUUGCUGAAUCACUCAUGAAAAUAACUCCCCACGCAACAGAAAUACUACUUUAACUGGCACUGUGGUAUAUUAAAAGGCACAAGGGCAUUGUGGCUUAACAUUUUUGCUGGAUCCUAAGAGAUGCAAAUGAUGUUAAAAAGGGAUCCGGCAGAAAUGCCAAAAUUACAUUUUCAGAAUAAUCAUCUUAGGAUGUUUUGGCCAGGUUUCCUAAUUCUUAAAUAUCUAGAUUUUCUUCACCAUUGGCCUUUAGAGGCUUAAUUUACAGGCAUGAGAUUAGCGGUGACUUGUCUAAGAAGCGAUGCAACAGGUAGUUGGCGUCUGUAAGCGUAAGCCAUGAUGUACUAUAAAGCUGUCUUUCGUGUUUGCUUCAUAUAAGGCAUCGGCCCACUGUACAAUAGAGAAAGGUGUUUUCAAGUAUUUGGCCAUAGGUUGUCACAUCCAUCAUAAGGUUGGCAUUUGAUAAAGAAAACAUUCUUUCUGACUCCAGUAUUAAUUGUAAAUUAAUCCCAGAUGUUCAUAAAGAACACUCAAGGAAAUGUUUGUUGCCUGGAGUUGGUUUAAAAAAAAAAA